AACGAAGGCAAAAUGAAAACUACGGGCAAGAUGAACAAUAAAGCCACGACCAAUGAAGGAGCAGAUUCGGGGUGGUCCGGCGGGACGACCUCAGACGGAACGAUUUUCGACAGCGCGGCAGCGAGGCUCUUAUCGUCGACCAAAAUCCCUUCGGAAGUAGUCCUAGAUUAUGGCAGCACCGUAGAGGAUCCGGAACAAGGGCCGGUGGGGCCAGCAUCGCCGGACGAACAACAUCCUCGUCCGACAAGUAUAUUCGCGGCUGCCGGUGCCUUCGUAGUUCCUCCAGUUUUCACCCCCCCAUUCGCCGCGAUCGAAUCGCUGUUCCGCUUACUCGAGGUUUUACGGCUGGGGUUGGACCCAACGGCAGUGAUCGGGGAGCCAAGCAGUACCGCCGGGGGUGAACAAGAUCACGUGGGCUCCGACCCCGUCGCCGCGAGAAGUACUACAGCUGCCGCGGAUGUUGCACCAGGAGGACCAGGGGGUUCCAAAAGUUGCUCUACUACUGUUGCGGCAGAGCCGACCGCAUCUCUUGGCUGCAAGAACCCCUACAGCUACAUCGACUGUGGCGGGGAAAGGUCUCGGAGGCGGUUCCGCGACUUCUUGA